CACCAUGUCUUCACGUUCCAAUAAGCGCAAACGUGAUGCAGAUGAGGCUGAAAAGGCCACUAUGGUCCUCUCAAAUCAUCCUCAAGAUCAGCUUGGCCCUAUAAUAGCCAGUUUUCCCGCCCUUCAACCUCCCAAGUCUACGCCCUUUCAGUGCUGGAGACGAGAUAAACAAAGGGCAUCUGACGAGCUAUUCGCCACUCAGGACAACAUCGUUGCGGGAGAGACAAACGCAGUAGAAUUCUAUACCUCCGGUGAGUCCGGGCAAGCAAUGGCUGGUUGCAGCUACCUCGUUGGGAUUCAUGACAAGAGGACCAACACAACGGUGUUACGCCCAGCACCACUUCAUAUCCUCGCACGCCAGGUCAAGGCGCUCAAAAAUCUCGUUCCCAAGGAGGUUACCACAGACGAGCGUGGAAUGCUGCGCAACCAGCUCGGAGAGGCUUUUGGAACGAAGAAGGUCAAAGCCGCGAUUCGGGCCCAAGAGCGGAACAGGGUGGAUGUAGAUGCAAUGAAAGGCGUCGCAGGUCAUCUGCAGGAAACGAUUAUGGAGAACACAGAGAGCCUGCCUUCUCGUGAGGAAGCCAAGGAAUCUGCGGACAGCGGCAGGCUCAUUCCUCCACACAAUGCGGAUGCGCAACACCCAGAAGAUGUUUAUGCACUGCAAGGCAUCAUUCCAGAUUCCGAAUUCAAUGCUCUCUCUGUCUCUGCGUUCAAAUCCGCUAAAUCCAUAGAAGACCGCAUUGCAUUGUUACCAUGGUCACGAUCGAACUGGAUCAAUCAGCAUCUUACACUGCUUCUGAGUGCAUCGAAAAUGCACAAGAAAGACAUGAAAACACUGUUUUACAUCUCUGCAAUGUUUGCAUUCAAGAUGGCCUCACGCUCUGUAAACAACAAGGAAACCCUUCAAACACGGCUAAAUGGUGUGCCCCAGAUUGUCAUAGACGGCCUCCUGUCUCGAUUCACGGAGACAGCGAGAGUCUCAAACACGGUACAGAUGACGCCACAGACUGAGACAAUGCUGCUUACGUAUAUGUUCGCUCUGUGUCUACGGAUAGACGACUUUGCAACCGAUACGGACCUGAUUGCCAGCGACCUGAGUAUGCCGGCGGCUCGUGUUAAAAAGCUCUUCAUGACGCUGGGCUGCAAGAUCGAGAAGUUAAGCACGAAGGAGCUGAAGAGGCUUGGCUUGCCCGAUUCGGCUGGAGCCACCUCACGCGCGGUUCUUCGGGUACCUGUUCAGUUCCCCCAAGCAAGGACUAAGCGUGCCAGACGGUGAUGUGAACGCCGGUCAGAAACGUUGUCACUGCCUAGUCUGUCGUUGUCUGUCUGGGCUUUGGAAGAUGGCGAUCUCACUUUUCUUUCAUCAGUAUCUUUGGUAGUUGAUCUGCGCGGUGUGAGUCCGCCCCUGGAUCUCGUCGCCAGCUGCAUUUGUACGAUUCUAGUGCGCUGGAAUCUCACUUCAUUCUAUUCAAUUGAGCUCGUGUUUUUCUG